AUGAAUUCCAUGUUCAGUGCCUUUGAUGCUCUCUUCGCUGAGCUUAUGGUGGGAAAGAACCUUCUGGCUUAUUCGUUUAGUGCUACCGCCACCAACAAACCUGCCGCAUUGCAAAAGCAAGCGCAGGAGAAUGAAAAAGCAAGCAACAUUAGUUUGGGGCAGAAGACUCCGAGGUUUGCUCUGGAGCUCGACGGUCUUCACUGCUUUGAGACAAUAGUCCGUUCUUGAUUUUGAUUAUUAUUGUUGAUCCGUUCUUGGUGCCAGACGACAAGACUACGCAAACUCCAUCAACAGGAAAUCCACAUCCGACAAAGAGACUCACAACAAGACUUACUUGCAAAAACAAU